AUGCCGCACAGCGUCGUGAUCAAAGACAUGCAAGGAGGUUUUGUUUCAAGCAACGGUGCGGAAUGGAUUGAAGAGCGUCGGUACGUUAUGAGAGUCAUAAAAGAUAUAGGUAUGGGGAAAACAAGAUGGGAAGACGAUUUAGAUGCAGAAAUUGAAAGUUUUCUCAAAAGUGUAUCUGAAUUUGAUGGAAAACCUGUUGAUUUGCAUGACUACCUUUCUCACAGUGUAUCAAAUAACAUGACUAGCAUGGUUUUGGGAAGACGCAUACCGACUGGUGAUUCUCGGAAUAAAAUGAUAAACGAAGCAGUAGAUGGUCUUUCUGUUUUUGGACAGGCUGGAGCGGUAACCUAUUUCCCAGAUCUUAUGAAGUUUUUGGCAAAAACUGGUUUUUCUAAACUUAGAGUUCAGUAUAACAAUAUGAAGAAACUAUAUGAUUUUAUGAGAAACGAAGUAGAACUAAGAAAAUCGAGCUUUGAAAAUUCAGAAGAAUUAGUUUUCAUCGAUGGAUACUUGAAAUUAAUGAAGUCAUCUGAAGAAAAAAACAUCGAAAGCAAUUUCUCUGUAAAUAGCCUUAUUGCUAAUUCUCAAGCUAUGAUACUUGCUGGCAGUGAAACGAUCAGAACGUCCCUACUGUGGUUAUUUCUAGAUUUGGCGUCUUUUCCUGAUAUUCAAAAAAAUUGCCGGGAUGAGAUACAAGGAGGUUUAGGUAAAGAUGGAAAAUUUCGAUGGUCUGAUGCAAAAAAGCCUCCUUACACGUACGCUACAACAAUGGAAGGUCAAAGAUGGAAAACCGUAGCACCAUUAGGACUUUCACCAUUAGGACUUUUUCGAGCAAGAGAAGACACAAAGAUUGGAGGUUAUCACAUUCCAAAAGGAGCUAUUGUCAUUUCAAAUGCAUGGGCUCUUCAUAAUGAUCCAGAAUACUGGCCUGAACCGGAAAAGUUUGAGCCGGAAAGAUUUCUUUUAGAAGAUGGAACUUUAAAUAAGAAGUCGGAAAGCUACAUACCAUUUUCAUUAGGUCGACGGAAUUGUCCGGGAGAAUCGAUUGCAAUGAUGGAGAUCUUCAGGUAUCUGGUUUCCAUUCUUCAAAAAUAUGAAAUUCUUCCAUUAGAAGAUCAUCUUCCAGCUCUGGAAGGGGAAGUCGGACUUACUUUUUAUCACUACAGACAAGAGAUAAGAUUUAUUCCUCGAGACUAGAGGGACUACUUCUUC